AUGGUAGGGCAUAAGAAGGAUGAGGGGAAAGACAUGAAGCAGGAAAUGUGUGUGCUGGGGAGUGGAAGGAAGGUGCUGGGAGCUGAGGUUUCAGAACAGCCUACAGACAAGCGAGCAAGGAAGGACAAGCCAGGCAUCAGACAGGCCACAGCAGGAGAAAAGCAGCGCCUCCCAGGAGAGAGAGGCCUGAGCUAUAGAGAGCCUGGGGGAGAUGUUUGCUCUUGCACCCCCAGGAGGAAUCUCUACACAUGCCCUGAGCACGGCAAGGCCUUCGGCCAUAGCUCCACGCUCAUCAUACAUCAGAGAAUCCACACGGGGCAGAAGCGUUUCGGGUGCGGGGACUGUGGGAAGGCCUUCACGCGCAGCUCGUGCCUGAUUCCACACCAGAGGGUCUACAUGAGGGAGAAGUCCUAUGUCUGCGGCACCUGCGGCAAGGCCUUCAGUCAGGACGCCAGCCUCCUGGCGUACCUUCAGCGGCAGCUCUUGCCUCCUGGUGCACCGCCGGAGCCGCACGGCGAGGAGCCCUAUGAGUGCCUCCAGUGCAGCAAGGCCUUCACCUGCAGCUCCUACCUCCUCAUGCACCAGCGGACCCGCACAGGUGAGAAGCCCUAUCACUGCACACAGUGUGAGAAGGCCUUCGGCCAGAGCUCCCAUCUCAUCUUCCACCAGACCACUCAUGCCGGCAAGAAGUACCAGUUGCCAUCCCUGGCGAGAACCCAGUGUUGA